AUGGCGUAUAAUAGCAUCUUUGCAACUGUUCAUCGGCGCGGGUCGUUCGCUGGUCUGGGUCUUUCAGACAGCCGUCCUGCCGACGAAGCAGCGGUCGUCGAUAGGCAAGUUCGGUUUAUGGCGUCAACGCAUGUAGCUGGUCUACAUAAUUUGAAUAAGGCUUAUCUCUAUUUCAUGGAUGUGAGCGAGGAGGUUGUUAAGGCUAGAAUUAAUUUGUCGACUGUUUCGACUAAGUUAGAGAUUCCAAUUGUUAGGACACUGGAAAAUUAUCUGCGAGUCGAAAAUGUUCUCAUGCGUAUUUUUAAAUGCGCUGGAGACAUUUACGAGGAGGAGAAAUUGAAGGCUGCGGCGGAAAAUAGGGAGGUUCGUGAGGUUAUUUUAUGUGUUAACCCUCGUGACAAAGAGGAUCAGGACGCUAGUCGUUUUAAAUUUCAAAGACGUAAGGGUGCGGCGGCCAAGUCUGGAAUGCAAUAUCCUCACAACGAAACCGUUGCCGGAAUAUAUCUAGGCGAUAGACCGCCAUGUUAUUACGACGUCGAGUUCGCUGUGAAGCCAUUGCAGGAAGGUGCGGCUCUUCCGUAUAGGGAGGUCAACGUCUUGAGGUGCACUUUAGACCUCAUGCUUUAUCCACUUAUCCAUCUUCAUGGAGAGUCUUCAUUUCAACAAAAUGACCGAGAUCAAGUUAAUUCCUUACGCGAGUAUUAUUGUGUGAGACUUUUUUCAAAUUCGGUGAGAUUGGAUAGUGUACGUUAUUGA